GUCCUGGGUCUUUGGAGCAGCGGACCGAAGCGGCAACCUUGAGGGGCGUGUGAGAGGCUAGCCUGGGGUAGGGUCCAGUCCCUGGGGCUCAGGAGCAAAAUCGUGAGGUGGCAACCUGUACGCUGGGCUGGCAGAAGCUUGAGAGCCCGUUCGUGCCCACCCUCACUGCCAACACCAUCCGGUGUUCCCGGAUGCACUGGCUCCCGGCGCCAAACUUUACCCACUGCCCCUUCUCCCACCAUUGGCAUCAAAUCCUGGUGCAGGAGGUAGCAAUGCUUAAUACUGCAGGCAGCCACAUGUUCUGCUGCCAGUCCUCAGGAAGCGCAAGGAAUGUUAUUGAUGGGUGAACUCGAGAGAUAUCCAAAUCCCAGUAAUCCAUCCGGUCCACCCCCUGUACCGCAACGCAGGAGGUGAUCAACCAAUCUCUUUCGGAAGAAAGACUGUUAAAGGUGUUAUAGGAAAGAAGCUCUUAACGGUCAUUCCCGGGUUGCUGUCGGAGCCUUGCUGCCAGUUUCAGGGAAGUGCAGGCAGAAGCUGACUCCGCGGCGGGGCUCCGGGCUCGCAGAGCUCAGGCAGGCCAGGCCCGCUGGCCCUUCCAGGGCCUCCGCGGUCGUAGGAAGCCCUCGCGCGGGCGCCUUUCCGAAAUUAUUUGGAUAAGGUUGUCCAGCGAAUGAGGAGGGGUAGAUGCAUGCUGCUUGAUUUCGGGUGAUGGGGGGAAAUGAGCCAGCGAGACGCCCCUUCCGUUUUAUGAUAACCAAGCUGCCAGCAAAUAAAUCGGCCGCCCCACUGCAAUAUUCUGCAUUCUAGUCAAUUAAUGAGUGUCUACUAUAUGCCAGGCUUUGUGCUGGGCACUGGAAAUACAAAGCCAGGAUGUCAAAGCCAGUCUGCUCUCCUGAAAGCUGCAGCAGGAAGAUUGGAACCCUGACACCAGCUGGCAUGUGUCUCCGCCAUCUGGAGGGCGUGUUUUGUCUGGAACACAUCAGGCAGCCAGUCUGGAAAGACUUGGGAGUCCAAGACAUGUAAGACUGUGUGUACCGAACGUGUCAAGCUCUGAGGAUUCCAAGAGAGCCUGUCCCCAUCAAUCACUGAAGCCAUAAGGAAAAUUGUUUUUAAAAAUUAGACUUUAACACAAUGAGGUGUUGCCACAUCUGCAAACUUCCGGGAAGAGUAAUGGGGAUCCGAGUGCUCCGUUUCUUGUUGGUGGUCAUCUUGGUGUUACUCCUGGUGGCUGGUGCUUUGAACACUUUACUUCCCAAUGUCAAAGAAGACAAGAUGCUCAUGUUACGCAGGGACCUCAAAUCCCAGGGCAAGUCCGCCCUGGAUUCCUUUACCCUCAUAAUGCAGACAUACAACAGAACAGAUCUCUUGUUGAGAAUUUUGAAUCAUUACCAGGCAGUACCACAUCUGCACAAAGUGAUUGUGGUGUGGAACAAUAUUGGGGAGAAGGGACCGGAUGAGUUAUGGAAUUCCCUAGGGCCUCAUCCUGUCCCUGUGAUCUUCAAACAACAGACAGCAAACAGAAUGAGAAAUCGACUCCAGGUCUUCCCUGAACUGGAAACCAGUGUGGUGUUAAUGGUCGAUGAUGACACGCUCAUUAGUGCCCAGGACCUAGUUUUUGCUUUCUCAGUUUGGCAGCAAUUUCCUGAUCAAAUUAUAGGAUUUGUUCCUAGAAAGCACAUCUCUACUUCAUCAGGUGUGUACAGUUACGGAGGUUUUGAACUACAAACAUCAAGUCUUGGAAAUGGUGACCAGUACUCUAUGGUGCUGAUCGGAGCCUCAUUCUUCAACAGCAAAUAUCUUGAACUCUUUCAGAAGCAGCCUGCAGCGGUGCAUGCUUUGAUAGAUGAAACGCAAAACUGUGAUGAUAUUGCCAUGAAUUUUAUCGUUGCUAAGCAUAUUGGGAAGCCUUCAGGUAUCUUUGUGAAACCUGUACUCAUGAGCAAUAUGGAAAAAGAAAGCAACAGUGGCUAUUCUGGGAUGUGGCAUCGAGCUGAGCACUUUCUUCAGAGGUCUUAUUGUAUAAAUAAACUUGUUAAUAUCUAUGAUAGCAUGCCCUUAAAAUAUUCCAACAUUAUGAUUUCCCAGUUUGGUUUUCCAUUUGCCAACCACAAAAGUAAAAUGUAAAAGUAUAACAAAAACAAACCUGAAAACUGCUUGGUCUUUGAGUAGCUCUUCUGUGCUUUGUAUUUUUUUCUUUUAAGCAACAUCAUGAACUUUUAUCUACUGCAGAAGCUGUCUACAGUAGGGGAAAAAAGUACAGUGCAUCUAGGAUAUAGAAUUCAUGAAACUUCACAAACCAAGAAGCUGCUGGUCUUAUUCAGACAGGCGUUCUCUUGAGGAGUUUCUGUCUGGGGAUAAUGAGACCUCGAUCAGCGAUUUUAUUGUUUAUAGUCUGAGACUGUUCCAUGAUUUUUUUGACUCCUGGCAUUUGCCUUAAGGACCUGUAGCAAGCUGUUUCCAGGAUUAGAAGCCCAAGAGAAGCAUUUCUGCACUUUUUCACUAAAGGUUGAUUGUUUUAAUUUGAAGCCUGAAAUGCCUCUUUAGCAAAAGCCUGUAUCAUUCGAAAAAGCCAUGUGAAAAUACUCUUAGUCCUGUGUGAAAAUAAGAGGAAAAUUUGCAGCUACCAGUGCUUUUAUGGUCUUUCCAACCAACUCUUCAAAGACUAAGAGCCCAACACAGUUUUGAUGCAAAUGUGUACUUUCAUUUUUGUUGAUAAGUCUGUUAUAACUGAGAGGGUUAAUUUUAGUGGCUGAAGGAUAUAUAGUUGUUUGCUUGAUUUUUGUGAACAUUUACUGCAUGGAACACAAAACAAUGCAGCCUGUGUUUCUUUUAUGCAGCUUGUAUGCAGCAAGGAUAUUAAAUGUGUUACUAGAUUCUGA